UGACAGUUGUCUGCACAUGUAUUUUGUUUACCUUUUUCCAGCCGGGAGCGACGGCAGAGUGAGUUUUUCGUACCGAUUCAAGCAGAAUGUCAACUCCUAAUGAAGAGGAACCAGUACCAGUAGAAAAUGAGCUGAAUUCUACCUGUGUACGACGCAAAACCAAUGUUUCUCCGUGGCGAGACAAGAAGGAGUUCGAUGAAGUGCACGAGUGGAUUUACGGUGCGGAUUCUAGUCAUGAAACCAAGGAAAAAGCGUACAGGCGUAUGAAGAUUUGGAAGCUGCGUCGACUGAACCUGACCCCUGGUACCAUCCUAAGCACGUUGUUGAUCAUUGAAGCUGAACUGAAGGAUGCGGAGUAUACCAAAGAGGGACGUCCCCUGGACGCAUGUGCUGUUUAUUCAAGUGCAUUCACGAGAUUCCUAAACUACAUGUCGGCAAUAAGCCAGGCACAAAAUAUGAAGACGAUGUACGCGGCCGCACGGGAAUUGAAUAUUGACCCAUUUCUUGUCGAUUUGCGGCAUCUCUGCGCGCACGGGCACACCAUGCCCUCCCUUGAUGUGUUCCGGAGAACUUCGCGGUACUGCCUUAACUGGCUCAGGGAAUUUUACUGGGACCUCGAGAAGGAGACGAUGGUUGAUGUCGACGCAAAGUUCGUUCGAAAGAAAAACAUUACUGCCUUUGAUGAGAACGUCAGGGAAAUGUUCCUCUUGUACGACGCAGCAAGUGAGGCAGUCGCGCGCGGCUAUCCUAAAGUUGGUGAGGCAAAGAAGCAUCUACCAAACGAGCGCUUCUCUCCUUUGAAGAGGUUUGCCGCGAUGAGCAAUGAGGAUUCUGUAGAAAACUUGACCCAGGUGCUCGUGAAAUCGAUUUCGCGGCUAGUUAGGCAGGGAAAUUCUCUGAAGGAUCUCUCGCAAAUAUUUGUAGAAGCAUUUCUGGAGAUGACUUAUUUCUUUGAAAGAGGUUGUGACUCCACUGAUCAGAAGGAAAUGGAGAUGUUGAUUGCCCGGCAUCAAGCUCUUUUUCAAACAAUAGCAACGCAUGGCUUCGUUGAAGACCUGUAUCACGCCCUGGUCGAGAUGGCAGAGAAUGAGUUUGAGAAUGUUGCGCGACGUAAAGGAGCCGGCUUCUGGGCCAAGCAGAUUGUGGUUGCAUUCGUUGCGUUCAAGAAGGUUAAAAUGUUGCAGAAAAAGCAGAGGGAACAGAAUAGUAAGACCGCCCUUUCUUUAUCUACUAUCAAUGUGAAAGCUAUUUCCAGAGAUCUUUUGGAAGCUUAUGAAAGUCUAGGAUACGACGUUAAAGCUACCUUGAUGUUUGGCGACUCAAUAAAAUGUCCUUGGACUUUGUCGUUUACUCGAGAGUAUUUAUUGGAGCGGGUCGAGCAUAUUAACGAGUACACAGUUGAUAUUAUAAAAAGUUGUAUGGAGUUGAUCCAGCCACCAUUAUCCGAAGAUAAAAAUGCGAAUUUGGCACAUUUAAUUGAUGUUUAUUCUGGCAAUCAAAUCGGCUCCAAUAGUGCUCCUGGCGAUAGAAUAUACACUCUUCAUGACGAUGUCUUAAAAAACGAUCUGGAAGAUUCAGAAAUGAAAAGUGUGUCAGAAGAUAAGAAUAAUCAACAGACAUUCGGAAUUUGGACAAGGAUGGCAGAUGGACAAGAAUGGCACAGCUGUCCGUUGGGUCGGUUGAUGUGGGAGUAAUUACUUUAAGAUGACAACGAGAUAUUGUAAAUAUCUGCACAAAUAAAGGAUUAUAAUCUACA